CCACACGUAGGCACCGACUCACCCGCCCAUCACGCGCACACACGCGCACACACGCGCACACUCUGCCGUCCACGGAAGCGCCCCGCUCAUAACAGUCCGCUCCUCAGGGUGACAACACGCUUUGGUGUCCGCGGCUCUCGGGGGAUUUUGCGAAUUUGCAGUCGAAGGCGGAGAUACGGACGUGGUUAUUUUUUUUGUGUGUCCGAUUCUCUUCACUGUAAAGUGCGACGACAGACAACACGUGGAUCGUUUUUGUUAUUGAGACAUAUUUCCGAGUUAUUGAAGUUUUGCAUCAAUAUGGAGGGGAUUACAAGGGCACAGCCGCCGCCAUGCGUGGAUAUGACUGACAUGCAAGGAAUGGAUUUCCCAAUGUACGUGUAUAAAUCCAGAAGGGGUAUGAAACGUGGGGAUGACAAUAAGGAGACUUACAAGUUGCCUCAUCGAUUAAUCGAAAAAAAAAGACGGGACAGGAUCAACGAAUGCAUCGCACAACUGAAAGAUUUGUUACCGGAGCACCUGAAGCUCACAACGCUGGGUCAUUUGGAGAAAGCCGUGGUGCUGGAGCUCACCCUCAAACACGUCAAAGCCUUGAAUGCCCUGCUGGAGCAGCAGCAGCAGAAGAUCAUGGAGCUGCAGAACAACCUGCAGAUCGGUGACCAUGGCGACAGCGCGGAGACCAGCGAGCAGAUGUUCCGUUCAGGUUUCCACUUAUGCGCAAAAGAGGUCCUCCACUAUCUGGAUUGCCAAGACCGCAGUCGGGACCUGACGCCUUCCAACAUCAUCAGCCACAUCCACAAGGUCGCUUCUGAGGUACUUCACCAGCAAGCGAAGGACCACCAGUCCUUUCCUCAGAACUCGGAGAAACUCAAGCAGCAUGCAGACCAGACCCCGAGAUCCACCGAGGUCCCGGCUAAGAACUGCGUUCCCGUAAUUCAAAGGACUUACCCCAAUGGGAUGGGCGAGCAGAGCGGCAGCGACACAGACACCGACAGCGGCUACGGCGGCGAACACGACAAACGUGACCCAAAAGCCCGAUGGUCAGACAGCCACAGGAAGGACGGGGACCCCAAACACGCCCCCGCGUCUGAGAGGACAGCCGACGGCGUCAAACACGAAGGCGACGAGCCUCGGGCCAAGAGGUCCAGGUCUGACUCUGAGGAUGAAAACCUCUCCGCCCCCACAUCCGCCAGCCCCGGCAGCUACAUGGCAGCCUUCUCCCCCAACCGGCCCCCGCUUUGCCUCCCGUUUUAUCUCAUCCCUCCGGCGGCCGCGGCGGCAGCGGCGUACCUCCCCAUGCUGGAGAAGUGCUGGUACCCGGGGGGGAUGCCGGUCAUGUACCCGGGCGUGAGCGGCUCCCCGGAGACGUGUCACAUCCCCAUGGACAAAACUUUAAAACAGACCCCCCCUUUAAAUUUAGAAACCAAAGAGUAAAAGACAUUUUUGUUGGGUCACGCCCCCCCCUGAAUGUCACCGCAGAUGGAAGACGGGCUUCUUUGUGCUCCUCACACGGCGAAAGGUGGCUCUGGAACACUGUGAAACUGUCCCCAUGAGUUCUGUAGCAGAGACCACUUUGUGUUGAAUGUCGGAGGUAAACCCAGAAUGUAAGGGACCUACAAGCCCCCCCGCCUGAUAAGAAAAAAUCUAUAUUUUCCACCCAUCUAUUUGCACACACACGAGUCUAUAAUGAAUGUAAGGAUUAAACCAACGCCCACGUCUAGUAGAUGCUGCUUGGAUUCAUACGUAGAUCUGUGAAUGAGGGAUCUACUGAUCCAGUUUUUGUGUCUUUUGUAAUUAAAAAAAAAAAAUAGAAUUUCGUGUAGAACACACGUGAUAUCUCCACCCAUCCUGCGGCCAUCUUGGAGAGAAAUAAGAAAACAAGUUGGCAAAUACUUCAGGGCGUUGUCGUUGUUGGAGGUGUGGCACCGAUGUCUGCACACUUCCAUCAUGUCAUUGUGACUUUCGAUGUGUUUUUCCUCCCGUCGUAGUCAACGGUAACGGUCAUGUUACUUAUUUUAUCGAUGCUACUCGUACAUCUCUAUUUUUGAUACGUGACCUAAUGAGUGUAUUCGCUACCAGCGCUGGGUGGCGCUAGUCAUGUGCUGUAUGCCAAGAGUGUACAUAGAGCUUUCUUUUCCACCCUCAAAUUCCACAUCCAGAUCCAGAUCUGAUCCAGAUCGGAUCUCCGCUCAUGUUGCCUUUUUACUUAUUUAGUGCACACACUGAGGGACGGGUUUUUGGACGUGCUUUUGCUUUAUGUGUCCGUGGCGGAGAGAGUGAAUGUCAACGUUGAAAACAAAAACAAUAGUUAUAUAUAUAUAUAUAUAUAUAUAUGUAUAUAUAUAUAGAAAGAGGUACUUGGGGAUUUUUAUUUUCAAAUGUAACAUGUUUGAUGUCGGUAUUUUGUAAAGUAUUAUUAAAGUAUUAAUAAAGCUUUUUUUUUUCCAGUC